AUGGACAAAGGCACGGACGCAAAGAACGUCCUCAUGGGCAAGGUGAUACCAGUAAAACUGGGCAUCAUUGGCUGCGUUAAUCGUUCACAGCAGGACAUUAACGAUCAAAAAAGCAUUGCCAAGGCGCUGGAAGAUGAGCAGAAGUUUCUGCAGAAGCGCUACCCUUCACUGGCUGCCCGACACGGCACAGCUUUCCUCGCAAAGAAGCUCAGCGGGAUUCUGCACAACCACAUUAGCAAAUGCCUUCCAGAUUUGAGGCGACGAAUUAACACACUUACAUCAGAGUGUGAGGAAAACUUGUACAAGUACGGAGAGGACAUUUCUGAAAAGAAGGAUUUAUUCAUCUUCAACAUUUUGCAUCAGUACUCUAUUGACUACUGUUCUACUGUUGAAGGGACUAGUGACGCUGAUCUGGAAGUUGAAGAUGAAAAGCUGGGUUGUGGGGCACUCAUUUGCAAAGGAACAUGCCCCGGCAUUUUCAUACCGGACAAGGUUUUUAAAAACCUAGCUAAAAAGGAAAUUCGCAGCUUUUUACAGCCAAGUUUGGACUGCGUGGAAAAGGUGCACGAAAAACUACGCAAAACUAAGGAUAAAUGUGAGUUUAAAGAGAUUAAAAAAGAUUUGAUUCGAUUUCCCAAUUUGAGCGAUCGCAUCAACGAGGUGUUGGUGGAGCUGCUUGCCGACCGAGUCCAGCCGACAGAGGAUUUUGUGAAGAGUCUUAUCAAGAUUCAGCUGGACUACAUCAACACUCGCAAUCCAGAAUUUCGGAAGGAGAAACUUGAACUUGAUCUGUCGAAUAGAGGCGAUAAAAAUGGCGAAAAAUCUAGUCGCAGUGAAUCGCCGGACCACAGCUCCGAAGAUGCUUCAGACAGUGAGCCUGAAGAGGACGAUUCAAAUUUGACUGCAGUUGAUAUCGAAAACUGCAAUAUCAUUCAGCAUUUGCUCAAAACCUAUAUCGAAAUUGUUCGCAAGACGAUUGAAGACAUGAUUCCCAAAUCAAUUAUGUCUUUUAUGGUUGUCUUUGUUAAGGAAAAUCUUCAAAAAGAACUAGUCAAAAAGCUGUACAAGGAGGAGUUUUUUGAUGAGCUACUUGAUGAAUCGGAAGAAAUAUCCUUUUUCCGUCAAAAGUCUUUGGCAAUGCUAAUAGCGCUUGAAAAGGCAAACGGCAUCAUCAACGAGGUUCGCAACGACCAGUCCAAGUACUGUCGUCAGAAUGACCUUUAA